CAAGAUGUUCAACAUACAUACAUUAGGUGACACUGCAGUGAGGUGUUGCAGUGCGCUCAUGGAAGCAGAUCCACUGUAAGUUUUACAAGGUUGUGACUGUGAAUUCAAGUGACUAUGUUCUACACUAAUGUAACAAGGAUAAAAAAUUUCUUCAUCCUAGGAUUUCCUGAACUGUCACUAGAGUAUUAUGGACCUGUGUCAGCCCUGCUUUUUGUGCUUUUCAUGUCUAUAGCUGUAGGAAAUAUUUUCAUUUUAGUGUUUGUUAAAUGUGAAAGGUCUCUUCACAAACCUACAUAUCUGAUCUUUUGUCACUUGGCAUUAACUGACUUAGCAUUUGGGACUGUUACUCUGCCAAAGAUUAUAUCAAAAUACUGGUUUGGUGACAGCAUUAUUUCAUUUUAUGGAUGCUUUGCACAAAUGUAUUUUGUUCAUUGUCUGGGGGCAGCUCAUUCUUUCAUCCUGAUGGUGAUGGCCCUUGAUCGUUUUAUUGCAAUUUGUGCUCCACUGCGUUACACAGUUCUUUUCACAAAUACCACUGUGUCUGUGCUUUGUGGAAUAUCAUGGCUUGUGCCAAUAUUAUGGAUGGUGGGUGUAGUUAUAGAUGGUCUUGCAUUGCCAUUCUGUAAUUCAAACAUUAUUGUACACUGUUAUUGUGACCAUAUAGCAAUAACAUCACUUGGAUGUGAGAACGUACGAGAGGUUCAGGUAGUUGCAUUUGGUUUUGCCAUGUUCUGUUUGUUGUUGCCUCUGGGUUUUAUUGUCUUGUCAUAUUUUGUCAUCAUUUUGGCUGUCACGAGAAUAUCCAGCUCUGAGGGCCGCAUCAAGACCCUGUCAACCUGCAUGCCACAGCUUCUCAUCACAUUUCUGUUUUACAUGCCAAGAUGUUUUGUGUAUCUGGCAAAUAAUGUGGGAUUCACUUUCAGUGUUCCAGUUCGCAUUGUUGUUGUAAUGAUGUACAGUCUUCUACCUGCUGCUGUCAACCCUGUAAUAUAUUGUUUCAAAACCAAGGAUAUCAAAGAAAACUUGAAAAAGAAAUUCUUUAUUAGGAAAAUUAACAUCAGCAUAAAACCUGGAUAAAAUACAUUAAAGUAAGUGCAAUUAAUAAAACGAUAUAAUUAUUCAUAAAAUCAAGUGAUGUGUUUUCCUUUGCUGUUUCAAAUGUGUUCCAUCUCUGUGUAGAAACAAUUUUAAUAUUUUGCUAUCAGGCAUUGCAUGGUCAGUCUCAUAAUUACAAUUGAGAAAAUCCUCUAUGAGUCACAUUUUAAGGUCUGGUAUAAAGUGAAUUCUGAUUUGGUUCCUUACUCAGGCAAGGAGAUCCAGGGUCGAGAGACCCAAAAAGAGAAGACUCAGUCAUCACUACCAACAUAUUUCUAUUCUGUGUCUCCACAUUACUCUGUGUCUCCACAUUACUCUGUUGUUUUAUUGUACUGUAAAAACUUUAUAACUUUGUUUAAGCACAUAAAUACAAUUUAUACAAUUUCUCAUUAUUAUAAA